GUCUGCGCAUGCGCCCUAAUGCCGCGGCCUCCCUGUGCGCUUCCGCCCGCUCGCGGACCGACAACAAUGAGCUCUCCGGUGGCCGGGUCGGGCCAUGGCGGUGAAUUACGCGGCCGGGCUCUCGCCCUACUCGGAUAAGGGCAAGUGCGGCCUCCCCGAGAUUUUUGAUCCACCAGAAGAGCUGGAGAGGAAGGUGUGUGAGCUGGCAGACUUGAUAAGGAGUUCUUCCAAUGUUGUGUUCCACACAGGGGCUGGCAUCAGCACCGCCUCGGGGAUUCCUGACUUCAGGGGGCCUAAUGGUGUCUGGACUAUGGAAGAGAAGGGGCUUUCCCCAAAAUUUGACACCACCUUUGAGAAUGCCAGGCCCUCCAAAACUCACAUGGCACUUCUGGGGCUGCAGAGAGUCGGCAUCCUGAAAUUCCUGGUCAGCCAGAACGUGGAUGGCCUUCAUGUGCGCUCAGGAUUCCCACGGGACAAGUUGGCUGAGCUCCACGGGAACAUGUUUGUGGAGGAGUGCAUGAAAUGUGGCAAGCAGUACGUGCGGGAUGCUGUCGUGGGCAGCAUGGGGCUGAAGCCAACAGGCAGGCUGUGCAGCGUCACCAAAGCACGAGGGCUGCGGGCCUGCAGAGGGAAGUUAAGAGACACUAUUCUGGACUGGGAAGAUUCCCUGCCUGACCGUGACCUCACACUAGCAGACGAAGCCUGCAGGAAAGCUGAUCUCUCUGUUACACUGGGGACCUCUCUGCAGAUCAAACCCAGUGGUAACCUCCCACUGAUCACAAAGAAGAGAGGAGGGAAGCUGGUCAUAGUCAACCUGCAAGCAACCAAGCAUGACAGACAGGCAGACCUGCGAAUUCACGCUUACGUCGAUGAUGUCAUGACAAAACUGAUGAAGCACCUGGGACUGGAAGUCCCAGAGUGGACAGGGCCGGUGGUGGUGGAAAAUGCUGACUCUGCCAAGCCUGAACAGCUCUACAAAUGUAAGCCCGAGGCUCACGGGUUGCUCAAGGAGGAGCCCUUUUCCCAGCACAACGGAACAGCUGGGCAGUGCCCCGACCUUGGGACCACACUGGUGGAGCACCAGGAUGAUCUGAAGCAGGAGCAUCCCAGUCUGGACACAGGACCACCGCUGACAAAGAAGAUGAAGGUAGAGCCUCUCCUCACCUGACCCAGGCUGUUCCCUGUCUGACUAGAUGCUUGUCUGUGCCACUUUUCCUACCGACUUUUUAUUUUUUACCUCCUUAAGCUUUGUCUCUUUUUUAUGUAAGUAUUAAAUACACUUGAAUCGUGUAUGUCUGGGCAGCUGUACCUACCAGGGUGGGAGGAAUGCCUCUGCUCCAUACAGCUCCUUGUCUGUAAAAAGAAGGUUGCAGAGCCCAGCUGUGCACUGUAGACCUCAGAGGGCCCAGGGAUAAAGGUGCUCAGUGUUGGGUUGGUGAUGCUGGGGGAGCGACACAACAGGAUCAAGCAGCUGUUGCUGUCUCAGAUAGAGCAGGGCUGGGUGGUGGUGGGAUGCUGGUCCCUCUGCUGUGCCUGUAUCUCCUUGGGCAGCCCUGAGCAGGAUCUGGUCAAGUGCCCCAGCUCUGCUGUCACGUUGUGAGCCAGGAAACUCUUGAACCCAACAGCCAAGGUGUCUUUGAAAC